CACGGGUGUGUACAUGUGUCAAACUCAUUCAUUUCUAUGCUUUAUACAUUUAAGGUGUGUUGUACAUCGUUUAUAAAUUAAGCCUGAAUCCUUUAACUCCCCCGCCCCCCCACCAAGCCCCAUGUGGAUAAAAACAGGCAAUGGAGGGUUAAGGGUGAAUGGAAUUGGAGCAUGUCUUCUGGGGCAACUUUGGGGUGCGGAUAGGAAUCCGUAAGUGGCUUCUUUGCCUGUUCUACCCCCACCUCUGGCAGUUUGGGGGGGACCUGAUUCAGCCACUUCACCAUCCUCUUGUUCCUGCAGGCCAGGUAGACACCUUGCUGAGGAACUUCCUGCCCUGCUACCGCGGGCAGCUGGCAGCCUCGGUCCUGUGGCAGAUCUCCCGAGAGCUGGGCCCCCAGGAGCCAGCUGGAUGCCAGCUGCUGCACAGCAAAAAGCUGCCCCGAGUCCGGGAGCACCGAGGACCCCUGACCCAGCUGCAGGGCCACCCACCUCAGUGGCAGCCAGUCUUCUGUGUCCUGCGUGGGGACGGCCGCCUGGAGUGGUUCAGUCACAGGGAGGAAUAUGAAAAUGGGGACCGUCCCCUGGGCUCCAUGGUCCUGACAGGGUACACAGUCCUGACUUCCCAGAGUGAAUAUCUCCACCUGUUGGACACUCUCUGCCCAGAAUCCUCAGGACACCAUACACAGGAAGAGCCUGACUCCCUCUUGGAAAUGCCUGUUACUUUCCCCCUGUUCCUGCAGCACCCCUUCCGCCGGCACCUCUGUUUCUCUGCAGCCACAGCGGAGGUGCAGCGUGCCUGGAGGCUAGCCCUGCAGGGCGGCAUCCGGCUUCGAGGCACAGUCCUGCAGCGAAGUCAAGCCCCAGCCGCCCGUGCCUUCCUGGACGCCAUACGGCUCUACCGGCAGCAGCAAGGCCACUUUGGCGACGACGACGUGACCCUAGGCUCGGACGCCGAGGUGCUGACUGCGGUACUGAUGCGGGAGCUGCUGCCUGCGCUGCGAGCCCAGACCCUGCCCGGCCUGCGGGGGCCCGGCCGCGCCCGGGCCUGGGCCUGGGCCAAGCUACUGGACGCCGUCCACGCUGCAGUCCUGGCCGGGGCCUCCACUGGGCUCCGUGCCUUCCAGCCCGAAAAGGAGGAGCUGCUCGCCGCCCUGGAGAAGACUAUCCGCCCAGACGUAGAUCAGAUGCUGAAGUUAAGGGAGCACGUGUUAGGGAGGCUGCAGGCCAACAUCCAGGGUCCCCUCGAGUCAUGCCUGCGCAGGAAGGUGGAUGCGCAGCUGCCCCGGGUCACGCAGACACUGCUGAGCACCGUGGAAGCCGAACUCACGGCGGUGCAAACCCUCCUAACCCAGGGCAUGGACCGCCUGUCCCGCCACCUGCGUGGGAGCCCCUCCAGCACCCGGCUGCGGAAGGAGGUUUACUCAUUUGGGGAGAUGCCAUGGGACCCAGAGCUGAUGCAGACCUGCUACCGAGAGGCGGAGCGGAGCCGGGGGUUCCUGGGGCAGCUGGCAGCACCAUUUGGCUUCUUUGGAACACAGAGCCUGGUGUUUGGGGCCCAGGAUCUCGCACAGCAGCUCAUGGCUGACGCCGUGGCCACCUUCCUGCAGCUGGCCGACCAAUGUAUGACCACAGCUCUGGACCGUGACCAGGCUGCCCAGCAGCUGGAGAAAGUCAGGGGGCGCGUGCUGAAGAAAUUCCAGUCGGAUAGUGGCUCAGCGCGGAGGAGUUUCAUCCAUGGCUGGCUGCUCUGUAUCUUCUUUCCCUUCGUGUUGAGCCAGCUGGAGCUGAGCUGCAAAGCGGAGCUGCCUGAGUUCGAAGGGGACGUCCUUGCUGUGGGCAGCCCUGCUCUGACCAUUGAGGGUAUUUAUGAGGAUGUCAUCCGGGAGGUCCUGCUGCAGAGGAUCAAUCGAGAAUUGAAAAAAGCCCUUGGUGCCAGCAACAUGUCCUGCACUCUGGAUGGCUGCUCGGAGCUUCCAUGGGACCAGGCAGAAACAGAUGUGGAAACUGAGGCUCAGAGAGGCACUUGUUCCAGGUAACCAGGCUCCAGCACCGAGGUCUAGCCACUCUGCCCACUGCCUCCUCCAGGGACAUUCCAGAGCUGAAGCUUUGCCCACAUUCAUCGUCAUUCUCAAUGGAUAAAUGUCAACUAGUGGAAUUUCUGAGUCAAAGCAUAUGUACCAAUUCAAGGCUUGUAUAAUCCCCACACCUCUGCCUUACUCCUCUCCAGAAAGGCUAUGCCUUUUAACACUCUCACCAGCAGCAUUUGUACAUAUUCUCUUUUCCAAACACUAGGACUUUUCAUAAAAGGAAAAACUGCCAGUUUGAUAGACACACACGCAGAGUGCACUGUUUUAUUUUAAAUUUCUUUGAUGACUACAUUGAACCUAAAAAUAUGUUUAUUGACCAUUAAUAUGUUUGUUUCUUAUUUAUUUAUUUAUUUAUUUAUGGCUAUGUUGGGUCUUAGUUGUGCCAUGCCGGAUCUUUCAUUGUGGCGCACGGGUUUCUCUCUAGUUGUGGCGUCUGGGUUUUCUCUCUCUAGUUGAAGCGCCUGGGCUUAGUUGCCCUGUGGCAUGUGGGACCUUAGUUACCCAACCAGGGAACGAACCCGUGUCCCCUGCAUUGGAAGGUGGAUUCUUUACCACUGUUUGUGUGUUUGUUUUCCUUUCUUUUCUUUUCUUUUUUAGUGAAUUGCCUGUUCAUAGCUUUUACCUACUUUUCUUUUCAGGAGAAUUUAUAUUUUUCUUAAUGAUCUCUAAUAACUCUUUGUAUAUUAAGGAUAGUAACACUUUCUGAUAUACCCUACAGAUGUAUUUUCUCAGCUUGCUGUGGGCCUUUGGGUUUGUUUACUUGCUCCAAAAUCUUAACUCAGUAUCAAGUUUCUCAGCUGAGAGUAGAGCUUUUACUUAGUAUCAAGUUUCCCAGCUGACAGUAGAGCUUUUACUGCCUUCCUGUUUGCCAGAAAAGCCAUCUGUUCACUGGAGCCUGGCAGCUUCACAUCACAAGACUUGCAGCUGCUUCCGGAGUAGGUUCUGGGAGGGACU